AUGGUGGAGGCCUGCGCCAUUCCAAUGGAUGGCACAAAGUAUGGCGUCGAUAACGUUUACGAACCCAAUCAACUGGCUGCUCUGAACGAUGAACUUACGAAUUCAAACGCAACAGUGGCGGACCCACUGACUCAGAUAAGCAUCAAGGUUGCCCUGUCCACCCUGCUGACCGAAGAAGUUUGUCCAUUUUCCUACGUUACUGCUUACAUUGAACUUGCAAGUCAGCCAUCCUCACGCCACACUAAUCAGUUAAUGUCCAUAUACCAUUGGCCCUCGGAAAACGUCUGGUUCAUGAAAGAAGUAUGUUUUUGA